AUGUUAGCGGCCAUCUCCAAUGAAACCACCUUCAUAGAACGUUUCUCUUCGUAUCUUCGUCUCAAGCGCGUAACUGCCUUUUGUCGACGUUUCAUGGUAAAUGCUCGUCGUCCAUCUUUCCCUCGCUCAGGUUUCUUCUCCUCUAUUGAGCUUCAAGAAGCUGAAAUUUGUUUGAUACGUCUAGUUCAGUCUCUGCAUUUCGCUGAGGAGCUAGCUGAACUUAAAAAACCUUCUUCUCGUCAUCGGCUUGUCAUGAAACUCCAUCUCUUUCUCGACAAUCAUGAACUUAUACGUGUCGGUGGUCGCCUUUCAGCCUCCUUACUACCUCAUAAACACAAACAUCCUGUUCUCCUACCCAAAAAUCAUCAUCUCACGCAUCUGAUCAUUGAUGAUGCCCAUUAUCGUCUACUUCACGCCGGUGCUUUAGCUAAGCAUUCGUUCAUUCGUCGACGGUUCUGGAUCUUGGAUGGCCGCAACGUAGUUCGUAACCGUCUACGAAAAUGUAACCGAUGCUUCUCCUGCAAACCUCGUCCUCUCAUUCAGCCAAUGGGCAAUCUUCCGCCUGAGCGGUUAUCUUCUGCUAUGGCUUUUCUUACCACUGGCGUUGACUAUGCCGGUUCAUUUUACGUGACGAGUGCGCGACUGCGCGGAGCCGUCAGCACCAAAGCAUAUCUAGUCGUCUUCAUCUGUUUCACCUAG